AUGGAGCCAGCUUCCCUCACGGCCGGUCUCCAACAGGCGGGAUACGCCACUCCGGCAGCUGUCGCCGUUAUUUCACUGGUUUCCUCCGUCUAUUUCAUGAAAAAGUUGGUGGUCAAUAAAGAGAAGGCUAACUGCAAUCUCCGGCUAGUCCCAGCGGUGCCGGGGCUGCCGGUGAUCGGGAACUUGCUGCAGCUGACGGAGAAGAAACCGCACAAAACGUUCGCAAAUUGGGUAGAGACUUACGGCCCAAUGUACUCCAUCAAAACGGGUUCUUCCUCCGUCAUCGUUGUGAAUACCACUGAUCUCGCGAAAGAGGCUAUGGUGACCAAAUUCUCAUCCAUGCCUACAAGGAAGUUGCCCAAGUCUCUUUCCGUAUUAAGUAUGGACAAAACCAUGGUCGCUCUGGCUGAUUAUGAUGACUACUACAAGAUGGUGAAACGCCACCUUCUCACUAAUAUGUUGAGCCCAAGCGCCCAGAAACGACAUAUCUCCAACAGAGAUGUAAUGGUGGACAAUUUAUCCGCCCGGUUGUCGGUUCACACCAAAUCGCAUCCUGAACAAGCGUUGGAUUUCAGGAAGACAUUUGAGUCUGAACUCUUCGGUCUGUCUAUGAAACAAGGAAUUGGGAAAGAUGUGGAGUGCAUAUAUGUUGAGGAGCUAGGCGCUACUUUCUCCAAGGAAGAAAUCUUUAGAAUUCUGGUGUUGGAUCCAAUGGAAGGUGCCAUAGAGGUCGACUGGAGAGAUUUCUUCCCUUACCUCAGCUGGAUCCCCAACCAUGGCUACGAGGACAAGGUCGUGCAUACGCAUCACCGGAAGCAGACAGUGAUGAAUGCACUGAUUAAGGAGCAGAAGCAACGAAUUGCGUCUGGCAAAGUGAUCGAUUGUUACCUUGAUUACCUGCUAUCGGAAGCCAAGAACUUGACAGAUCUCCAGAUGUUAGUGUUGAUUUGGGAGACCAUCGUUGAGACCUCUGAUACGACGUUAGUGACUUCGGAGUGGGCUAUGUAUGAACUUGCCAAGAAUCCCGAUCUUCAGGAAAGACUUUUUCGGGAAAUCCAGACCGUCUGUGGGUCCGAGAAACUCACAGAGCAACACUUGUCCAAAAUUCCAUAUCUGAGUGCCGUUUUCCAUGAGACCCUCAGAAGGCAUAGUGCUGUCCCUAUCCUUCCUUUUCGCCAUGUAGGUGUAGACACAGAGUUAGGAGGGUAUCAUAUCCCCGCCGGAACUGAGAUAGCUGUCAACGUAUACGGAUGCAACAUGGACAGCGAGAAAUGGGAGAGACCCGAAGAGUGGUCGCCGGAAAGGUUUCUUAACGGCAAAUCGGACCCCAUGGAGUUGCACAAAACAAUGGCAUUUGGGAUGGGGAAGAGGGCUUGUGCGGGAGCCCUCCAAGCAAUGCUAAUUGCUUGCACGUCGAUUGGGAGGAUGGUGCAGCAAUUUGCGUGGAGGAUAAAGGAAGGCGAGGAAGACAAAGUGGACACCAUGUCGCUCACAAGCAAGAAACUUGAACCGUUGCAAGUGUUCAUCAAGUCAAGGCAAGGAGUUGGAGAAAAUGAGAUACAUAUAGGUUGA